UGGCGCUCGGAGGUCUGCAGGCUGCUGCCGCUUUCUCUCAAGCCUGAAGAGAGCUUCUCCUCCCGCGGUUCCCCGCGCUGACAGCCGUCCUCUCCGCACUCCAGGAACAUCCUUAAGGAGAGCUAAAACUGCUUUUUCCGACGCUGCACCUCCUCUAAAAAGCCACCUUGGUUUGCCUGUGUGAAUAAAGAGCUGCGGUGAGAAGAGAGAGAGCCUCCCUUCUUCAGCCGCUAGAUAUCAGGAUUGUUUUAGCUCUGCUGACUGCUGUGAUGAAUACUGAUAUGUGGUCAGUGGAGGAGCAGUGAAGGAGCCAGAGGAAUCCUGGUUUGAUAUGUGGAGGGAAGACUGUGUGCCGGAGCCAGGGAUUGCACUCUGAGGAAGAAGCUAGCAUAACUGUUAUCUUCAUGUAAAACAACACAACCUGCAGGCUGAAAGUCCUCUCUGGUGUUCUCUUUACUCCAGUCAUCAUAAUGACGCUGUCUCGGUAGCCUUUCGCUACCUGAUUGGUAUUCAUCCUGCUCUCUGAAACCUUCCAGCGCUGAUAACACUCAGAGACACAUUUUACUUUUACCGUACAAACCACCACCUGCCAUGGAUCGCCUGUGUCCGGGUGAAGGCGUGAGCCGGACACAGGAUCUUGUUGGGAAACUGUAGCCACCUGGAUUCUCUUCAGCUUAUUUCCUGUGAUUUUACUCUGGAGUUAUUCUUUAUUUGGACCAGGGAUGGAUGUACCGGAAGCCAGCAAACAUGGGAAGAAGUCGACGAGUCAAAAGCUGGAGGACCAGAAAAAGAUUUACACAGACUGGGCCAAUCACUAUCUGGCCAAGUCUGGCUGUCAGCGCCUCAUCAAGGACCUGAGCCAGGACGUCACCGAUGGAGUCCUGCUGGCACAGAUCAUCCAGAUCAUAGCGAAUGAGAAGGUGGAGGAUAUCAAUGGCAGCCCCAGGAGCCAGUCGCAAAUGAUCGAGAAUGUGGACGCCUGCCUCAGUUUCCUGGACGCCAGAGGAGUGAAUGUACAAGGGCUCUCAGCAGAAGAGAUCAGGAAUGGCAACCUAAAAAGCAUCCUGGGCCUCUUCUUCAUCCUGUCGCGCUACAAGCAGCAGCAACAGCAACAGCAGCAGUACUACCAGUCCCUGGUGGAGCUCAGCCAGCAGACCAGCAGCACCGCACCGUCCGCCAGCAGCCUCAAGACACAAGAGAUGCAGUCCAGUCUCACAGCACGAUAUGCAAGUCCUCCGGGCCACAGUGGAAUAGGGUCUCCGCAGAAGAAAAACACAAGGUUACCAGGCCCCUCCAGAGUACCUGCUGCAGGCAGCGGGGCCUCCAGGAGCCCAGGCUUAUCCAACCUCAACCGUCGCAGCCAGAGCUUCAACAGCAUCGACAAGAGCAAGCCUCUUCAGUAUGCCAGUGGCAACGACAGAGAAGCGGUGAGGGGUAUCCCAGUACCUGGCGGGAUGAAUGGGAGUGGUAUUGGUGGGACGGUUCCCACCAGUCUCAGCGGGCAGCAGCUGGCCUCUGCCAUCCCCUCACCCACCGCCGGCAAGUCCUGGCGCAGCAAGUCCAUGAACCUCAAGCACAGCGCCACUUCGUCCAUGCUGGCAAGCCCCACGCACUCACCCUCCCCCACCCUUUCACCCCAGGGCUCUGAAGGCCUUCAGCCACAUGGAAGCGAUGGGUCAAAAGUAGGGUCAGCUGGCAGCAGCGGACCCCAGAGGUCCAUGCUGGAGAAGUUCCGCCUGAUUAACCCUAGAUCGGCUUCGCGAGCAUCGCCGUCUGUGGCAGAGAUGGCUCUGCAGGAGGAGGAUGACCUGUCAGAGUAUGGUGAGGAUGGAUUGACGCCCACGGGGUCGGUGUGUAGCAGCGGCAGUAGCAGUGCUACGGCCAAGCAAAUGUCUCCCAAGACCUCAGCAUCGUCCCUCAUUGCACCAAGCAAGACUUCCUCUUCUUCCUCUCCUUCCUCAUUUUCAAAAGCAUCCAGCAGCAGGUCCAUGGCCUCUUCUAAAGACAAGGAGGACAAAAGCAGAUCUGGGAAAUCUUCUAAGGACAGCUCUCCACCCAAAGAGGAGAGAGAGUCUUUUGCUGACCCCAACAAGAAGUCCUCCAAAAUUGCCAGCCUCAUCCCCAAGGGAGGGAAGCCAUCAUCUGGAAAGAAAGAUGGCGGCACCCCCUCGGCUUCUAGCGGCAUCCCUAAGCCAGGACUCAAAGCUCCCUCCACCACGACGUCCAAGUCUCAGAGUCAGUCACAGAGCCAAAGCCAGGCCACCUUGAACAGCAGUGGCAACAUGCGGGGUGGAGAGGGGGAAAGAGCUAAGCUCACGAAAGGAGGGCAGGGUGGGAGUUUCUACAUACAGCGCUCCAGUGGGGGCCAGGAGGGCAAAAGGACCAGCAUGACCUCCUCCACCAGCACCUCAGCCCUUUCUGGGUCCAGUGGGAUGCUGGGAGGAGGAGGAGGAGGGGGUGGAGGAGGAGGUGGAGCGCUUGGAGGGAACGGAGUAGUUCAACUUCCUCAGCAGCAGCAGCACAACCACCCCAAUACUGCCACUGUGGCCCCCUUCAUGUACAGGACUUUCUCAGAAAACGACUGCACCAUGGUGGCCCCAGCAGACCCCUGCCUCAGCCCCACCAAGGGAGAGCUGGUCUACAGCAAGACAGCCAAACAGUGCCUGGAGGAGAUAUCAGGAGAGGAUCCUGAGACAAGACGCAUGAGGACGGUGAAGAACAUCGCUGACCUGCGGCAGAACCUGGAAGAAACCAUGUCCAGUCUACGGGGGACACAGAUCAGCCACAGCACACUAGAAACAACCUUCGACACCACGGUAACCACUGAGGUCAAUGGGCGAAGUCUACCAGCCCUCACUUCACGCUCCUCCCCCAUGGCCUGGCGUCUGGGCCAAACACAAACCCCGCGUCUCCAGGCAGGCGAAGCCCCCUCAAUGCCCAGCAGCUACGCUGCGCCCAGGGCGAGCACGACGAGCGCUGGCACCACCACGGGGCGCUACAGCGGCCACUCGGACCCCUCCAGGUUUGUGUUCAGUGCCCCCCUGAGGCGAGCAGCCGUGGCAGCAGGGGCGAGGGGGGCGGAGCAGGGGGAGAAGGGAGGAGGAGGGCUGGAAGGAGGGAAGCAGAUGGAGAUGGCAGGGUACAUGAGUGAUGGGGACAUCCUAGGGAGGAACGGCCGGAUGGAUGAUAUCACCAGCGGAUACCUUACAGACGGUGGCCUCCAUCUGUAUGCGCGGAACACAGGCCGAGCCUCAGACGCGGCUUCUUCUCGAGAAGUAUCCCAGAGAGGGAGCAAAGAGAUGCAGGGCGACAUAGACAGUUGGGACGACAGCAGCUCGGUGAGCAGCGGCCUGAGCGACACAUUGGACAACAUCAGCACUGAUGAUCUGAACACACCCGCCUACUCUGCUGUCAGCUCAUCACGCAAAAGCAAGGGAGCCCAGUCCCAGAAAGGAGGCAGGUCCAAGCAUGCAGAGCAGGAGGUGAGCAGCAGCUGGGCCGGAGCCGAGGACCUGAAGAAGGUGGAGGAGGAGCUGGACGCAAGCAUGGACCCCAGCAGCGGCUCCUCCCGGUGGAAGCCUUCCUCAUCCUCCUCUUCCUCUCAAGCCCAGGGCUCGUACGAGGAUGCCGGUCAGAAGGCCGCUGCGCUGGCCCAGAUGUCCCAGACGGGUUCGUGGAGGAGGGGCAUGACGGCCCAGGUGGGCAUCACGCCACCCAGGACCAAGGGUACCUCUGCUGCCCACAAAACACCAGGCAAAACUGAUGAUGCCAAGGCCUCCGAGAAGGGCAAGGCGCCUUCCAAGAGUUCAGCUGCCAUCCAGCGCUCCCCCUCAGAUGCUGGGAAGAGUAGUGGAGAUGAAGGUAAGAAACCUCCCUCCGGCAUUGGACGCCCACCCACCACUGCUUCUUUUGGAUACAAGAAGAUCCCGGGUCCCAGUGGUACCCUAAUCACCUCCAGUGGUGCAACGCUCGCCAGCGGCUCAGCCACCCUGGGCAAGGCGCCCAAAUCCUCAGCUGCCCUCAGCAAAGGCACAGGCAUCGGCGGUGUGCGUAAGACCAGCCUGGAUGGCUCACAGCCCCAGGAUGACGGCAUCCUACUCAGCUGCAGUGGCUCCAAAGUAACCCUGCAGUACCGCUCUCUACCCAGACCCGCUAAAUCCUCCAGUGGGGUGGCAGCAGGGCGCAGUGGGCAUCGCUCCAGCUCCAGCAGCAUCGACUCAAAUGUCAGUGGCAAGUCAGCUGGAGGGGCAGCAACGCAAGCGGGUGCCAAACGCAGGGAUGGAAAAGUUGGCUCAGACCGUUCCAGUCCCAUCACCAUCAACCAGACGGACAAGGAGAAAGUGGCGGUGUCAGACCAGGACACCACCGCAGGACUGUCCACCUCCCCCAAGUCCAGCCCCACCUCCAGUUCAGCAGGCCAGUCUGGCCUCAGGCAGCCAGGCUCCAAGUACCCUGAUAUUGCUUCUCCCACAUUCCGCAGAUUGUUUGGCACCAAAGCCAGCAGCAAGGCCAGCUCUCCGGGCACUCCCGACUCUGGCAAGUGCCCAUCAAUACUGGGCAGCCCCCACGGCACGCUGGCGAGGCAGGCCAGUCUGGACUCGCCCUCCUCUGGCACAGGGAGCCUGGGCAGCGCUGGCGGCCUGAGCGGUGGCAGCAGCCCACUGUACGGUAAAACCCCAGACCUGUGCACCGACUCCCCGGCCUCCAGCCCGGCCUCUGGCCUCUCCCUGCCUUCCAACGCUCGGCCCUGGCCUGCCUGUAGCUCGUCAGCUGGCAGCAAGGACACACUGAGCUGCCAAAGCAUGACCAGUCUGCACACCAGCUCUGAGUCCAUUGAUCUGCCACUGGGCCACCACGGGCCCAAGGUUACACGAACCGGCAGUGUCAAGUCCACCCUGUCUGAGGGCAUGCCUCUUGACAGAAACACGCUUCCCAAAAAGGGACUGAGGUACCCGCCAUCCUCCCGGCAGACGUCCCAUGAGGAAGGGAAGGAGUGGUUGAGGUCCCAUUCAACAGGGGGGCUUCAGGACACAGGCAGCCAGUCCCCACUGUCACCCCCUGGAGCUUCCUGCACCACCACUGGAAAAUACCACUACUCCAACCUGCUGAGCCCCACGAACAUCAGCCAGUAUAACCUGCCACCAGGCAGCAGCAGCAUGAGCCGCUCCAACAGCAUCCCCGCCCAGGACUCCUUUGACCUUUACGGAGAGGGUCACCCACUGGGUGGCAGCGCAACAUCCCUGGAGGACAGACCACGGGCCAUCAGCCGCUCCGGCUCCUUCAGGGACAGCACUGACGAAGUUCAUGGCUCUUCAUUAUCUCUGGUCUCCAGCACGUCUUCACUGUACUCUGCGACGGAGGAGAAAGCACACUCAGAGGGCCAAACAGUCCAAAAUUCCACGCAAAUCAGAAAGCUGCGUCGGGAGCUGGACGCCUCUCAGGAGAAGGUGGCAACCCUGACGUCUCAGCUGUCUGCCAAUGCUCACCUGGUUGCAGCCUUCGAGAAGAGCCUGAGUAACAUGACCUGCCGCCUGCAGAGCCUCACCAUGACCGCUGAACAAAAGGAGUCUGAGUUGGUUGAGUUGAGAGAGACAAUAGAGACGCUGAAGACACAGAACACCGAUGCCCAGACAGCCAUCCAGGUGGCACUCAACGGCCCUGACCACCUACACAAAGACCUACGUAUUAGACGACAGCACUCAUCAGAAAGCAUGUCCAGCAUCAACAGUGCAGCCAGUCACUCCAGCAUGGGCAGUCUGGGCAAGGACGCUGAAGACAAAAAAAAGAAGAAGAAGAGCUGGGUGGCUGAUUCCAUCCCAGCUCAGUUGCGCAGCUCCUUCAAGCAGGCGUUCAGCAAGAAGAAAACCAAAUCCCAGUCGGCCCAUGACGAGAUGGAGGAGAUGACCGACUCACUGCCGUCCUCGCCCAAAUUGCAGCACGAUAACAGGCAAGGCAGCAUUGCCACGCUGCAUUCUUCACCCUCCACCACAGAGCUGUGCGAAUGCACCGAAGCCGAAGCGGAAAUCAUCCUCCAGCUGAAGAACGAGCUGAGGGAGAAGGAGCUCAAGUUGACAGAUAUUCGCCUGGAGGCGCUUAGCUCCGCCCACCACCUGGACCAGAUCCGAGAGGCCAUGAAUCGCAUGCAGAACGAAAUCGAGGCACUGAAAGCGGAGAACGAUCGUCUCAAGUCCAGCGGUAACGCCACGCCGACAGCCACGCCCGUCAAGACGGCCCGGCCGCCCUCUGAGACCUCCAGCACGUCCUCGUCCUCCUCCCGUCAGUCCUUGGGGCUGUCACUAAACAACCUCAACAUCACUGACACCAUCAUGUCAGAUAUUCUGCUCGAUGAUGGCUAUGAGGGCAAUCUACGCAAAGAGGGCCGCAGUGUGCGAAUAGUGGUUACCAUCAGCAGUGGGCCAUAUAGCACCAAGGGUACACAAAGCCAGGCGUACCUGAUUGGGUCUAUAGGUGUGAGUGGGAAAACCAAGUGGGACGUCCUGGAUGGGGUCAUCCGACGCCUCUUUAAGGAGUAUGUGUUUCGGGUGGACCCUCUGACCAGCCUGGGUCUCAGCUCAGACAGCAUUGUCUGCUAUAGGAUGGGCGAGGUGGUUCGUUCCCACGCCUCCGAAGUGCCUGAGCUGUUGCCCUGCGGCUACCUGGUGGGCGACAACAACGUCAUCAAGGUCAACCUCAAAGGUGUGAAGGAGAACAGUAUAGACAGCCUUGUGUUUGACACGCUGAUUCCGAAGCCCAUCAUCCAGCGGUACCUCAACCUGUUGAUGGAGCAUCGUCGUAUCAUCCUCUCAGGACCCAGCGGCACCGGCAAGUCCUUCCUGGCUGCCAAGCUGGCUGAGUACAUCAUUUCCCAGAUGGGGCAGCAGGUGACGGAGCACAACGUGGCCAGCUUCAACGUGGACCAGAAUUCCAGCAAGGACCUGCGUCAGUACCUGUCCAACCUGGCAGAACAGUGCAACUCUGAGGACACAGACAUGGAGCUCCCCACUGUGGUGAUCCUGGACAACCUCCACCAUAUCGGCUCCCUCAGUGACAUAUUCAACGGCUUCCUCAACUGCAAGUACCACAAAUGCCCUUAUGUUAUCGGGACCAUGAACCAGGGAGUGUCGUCUUCUCCUAACCUCGAGCUACACCACAACUUCAGGUGGGUGCUGUGCACCAACCACACCGAGCCGGUCAAAGGUUUCCUGGGCCGUUUCCUGCGGCGGAAGCUGAUAGAGACGGAGAUCGAUAAGAACAUGCGCAGCAAUGACCUGAUUAAGAUCAUCGACUGGAUCCCCAAGACCUGGCAGCACCUCAACACCUUCCUGGAGGCACACAGCUCCUCUGACGUCACCAUAGGCCCCCGUCUGUUCCUGUCGUGUCCCUUGGAUGUAGAAGGAUCUCGGGUUUGGUUCACUGACCUGUGGAACUACUCCCUGGUGCCCUACCUGCUGGAGGCUGUCAGGGAAGGGCUUCAGCUAUACGGCAAAAGAGCAGCAUGGGAGGAUCCAUCCAAGUGGGUGAACGACACAUAUCCAUGGAACGCGGCCUCGCUGCAGCAGGACGGCCAAUCGCUGCUGCAACUGAGGCCGGAGGAUGUGGGAUACGACGGCUACAGCUCAUCCAAGGAGGGAGCCUCGUCCAAGCAGGUGUCUCAGAGUGACACUGAGGGAGACCCACUGAUGAACAUGCUGCUACGGCUGCAGGAAGCAGCUAACUACUCCAGCACGCAAAGCUGCGACAGCGACAGCACCAGUCACCAUGACGACCAGCUGGACUCCUCGCUGGAGUCGGCGCUAUGAGACGAAGAGCUGCGCUGGGAGACACAGACCCCUUGAACCUGGGAACCUCUGAACCUCGGUCACUACCAGACACCCCCUAUAGUGCACAGAUACAUAAUAUAUGAAAAGUUUUAUUAUCAAAAUGGUAUACCUGCCAUUUGAUAGAAUAUUUUUACAUUACAAUGGUGCAAUAUUAAAUCAGAUUAUUGUAUGUUUUAAAGAGCAGCCAACUUGGUCCUCAGUGAUCAACGUGAUAAACAAUCAUACAAGUUGGAUCCGUUAUAUUUUAAGUAUAUAAUUAAGCUCAGCUAGUCAUUUAAUGGAUGUAUAACAUUUUAGAAUACAACUUUUCAUAUGUGUGUAGGCAGGAUGUGUCUGACAAGGGACAGUAGUUCCUUUUGAAGUUGACUUCCAAGGAGUAAAUCACAUUGUGCUCACUCACGAUGAGCCACAGAUCACCCCGUAAUUUUAACAUGGGGUGUCAAUCUCUGAAGUGUCAGAAAAAAAGAGAAAGCCAAGAGUUUAAACUGGAUUUUUCUUUUUCUUUUUUUUUUUUUUUUUUUAAAAUCCCAGAUAUAUCUUCAGAUGUUUACAAUGGGGGGAGAUGGGUUCUGUUGUUUAUGUCUUUCCUUGUUUACAGAGGUGCUUCUCACACAGACACACACACACACUCAUGCACUUACACAGGCAGCAGGAGGACACUGUCCUCUAAUCAGAGGCUUCGAUUGGUUCAAGUCCCCAUGUGACCAACAAUCCAGCCUGCCAAAGUGUCCUUGAGCAAGGCACUAUUUAUACCACCCUGGGACCCUCAUCUCUGACCCCACCUAUUGAGGGACUGUUGAGUGUUUUCAGGUGAUGUAAUGCCCUCUGGUGGUCACAAUGGAGGUUUUCAGCUGUUAGAAAACUGGUUCUAAACAGAUUUUCUUUAUACACAAAUCACAAACUUCUCCGUCUCCUUGUUUACCACUAUAUCACCUUAUUUGGGUGUCUUUGCCUUUUCUGAACAUAAGGACAAUUCUGCGCCUCCAUGAUGGCACCAGACGUGGUUGAUUUAAAAACAUUUGCAAAGCCUCUGCAGCCCAAUUAGGAUCACAAGAAUUACAUUUUCAUAACAGCGCACAACCCUCCUGCUCAGUCGUCAGUUGAGCUUCAUGGUGCUGGUCUCCUGCCCUGAGCCUCCUCAGUGUCAGGCACUGCCAAGCCGCUCCUUGCUGCCCUGCAUGCCAACAACAAGCACAACGAAAGCCCAUUGUCUGUGUGUCAUCCAGCCACAUUGCUACUGUGAAGAAAAAAAUGGACAAGUGCCAAUGUUUCCCUUUGAUUUACUGCCAAAUGUAGACACGCGCACACACAAACACAACCAUACACACACAGAGACUUAACAUCACAGCACACAGCCGAACAUGGUUGUAAACUUAGAUUAAGUUGUUCUUGGCCUUCCACGCUCCACAGCCUGUUGUCACUCCAUAGCUUACAAUGCACCAUGAGAGCAGCAGGCAGCACCUUCUGUGGGUCCCCACAGAACUGUCUGUAUUGACCGUUUGCUAAACACCUCCCUUGAACAGUGACUGUCCAGUCAUUAGCAACUGUAACUCAGCAUCUGUCAGGCUUUCUCCACGUGUUCCAGUGGCAUGCAGAGAGAUGCAGUUCAUAGAUACUCAGCAUUUACAGAGUUCUGAGGGUUAGUUGCAAAGGUUAGCAUGAUUGGCUAAUUAGUUUACCACCUACAGUAGUAACUGAGUUUAACCUGCUCUUUAUUUAAUUUAUGGGGGUUUAAACUCCAGCAACCCCAGCCAGUAUAACCCUGAGACUGAUAGUGUUUGCUAAACACAUAGGUUAGUUCUCACCCCAAACGCCUUUUCAUGACAGUGCCCCAUGACAAGGCCAAAUGCCCUAGUGUCAAUGAAAGUCAAAAAUAAUGCUUGAAUCUACCAUGAAUGUUAGAACUGGAUACAGUGAUGGAGGCAGGACCCUGUUCAUUCCUAUUAAAGUUGCUUAGUGGCACAUAAAGCCAAACAAACCUUGAUUUCCGUGGUUUCCAUGCCGCCCAUAGAGCAAGCGCACUAGCGACUUACGGCCGAGUGUCUGACUUCCGCCAGCCAAGCAGCUGACUUCCGGUUUAGCCCUCGGCAAAAGUAUCUUGCGGCUCUAGACUUUAGAAAUGUUAUUGGACUAGUUCAGAUAGUGAAUUGAUGUCAUUUCGCAGUGGUUGUGUUGCUGGGAAAAAAAAAACAUCCACUGAUUUGCAGACAUCUCUUUUGCAGUGUAAGUCAAUGGGGGGGGGAGUAUUUUGGGGCUCAGUGUUGUCACAUGACAGACCCAGAAAUUGUAAUUCCACAAUUGGCCAGUAUGAAAAUUGGCUUCAAUGCCCGACACUGUUCCUGCGAGUUCGGUAUCCGUCCCGUGAUUCGAAUCUGCUCCAAACUUUAAUGGGUUCUUCCUUGGCCCAUGUUACAUCCUACCAACAAGUUUAAUAAAAAUAGGGUCAGAGUUUCUUUCAUAAGCCUGCUGAUGAACAAACAGACCACCCAAAUGAAGACAUAACGUCCUUGAUUGAGAUACAUAUGAACAAGUAUGCUAGCUAAGCAACUAAACAGAAUUAUGUUAUAGUCUAAUCUUACUAGAUUAACAAGCUAAGUCUGUACUGCAAUACAAGAAAAAUGCUGUUUUUGUUAAGCUCCAUUAGCCUCAGUCUUUCAGUCCGUUACCAUGUAUGAAGCGCACAUUAAAGACCUGUUUCAAGAUUAUCGUUUUAAAACAAGACAUACGCAAACAUUAAGCCCAUGGAGCUAACGUUAGCUUAAUUAGCUACCUAGCUGCAGCUAAUAAAAUGUUGAGUGGCUAAUAUACUAUCAGUAUUAUUAUGAACUCAUGCAGAGGUGUGAGAAUGGAAAGCCUGACAGAUGAAGCAACAUGUGAGGCAGGGCUUAGCGAACGGUCACUUGCAAAUAGCUGAAUUCUUAUGACAUUUGUGUUAACCUGCAUGGAGAACCAAGUAGGUGGGGUUUGCUGCAACAUUCAGAACGUAAACUAGUAAAAGUCAGGAGAGCAGUAAACUGACUUUGAAAAUGUCAAGGCCUUUACUUCAACAGAUAUGAAUCAGAGCUGAUCAAUCAACAAAUUAAUACUGAACUGAAUGAUGCAAGGUGACAAGGUGUCCUGUCUGGAACUCAUUUGAUAGUCUUGUUCAGCAUCUGCACCCAUAUGGUAUCCAUGAGGUACCAAAAAAGAAUCCAAAGUAUUUUGAAAUGCAAGUGAACCAGAUCGGCCCAAGAGCUGAGAAAGGGAACAAUGAUAUUGGUGCUUUCUCACUGCCUUAAAUGUGCAAAAGUCUGGGAGGCAUCCUCUGCUCCCGAGUGAGAAGAAGAGACGCUAAUGUCAGACGAUGAUGAUGAUCUGCUUCCUGCUAUGUCAAAGAAGCUGCUUGUAGUCGGAAAAACAGCCUCUUUUUGUUUUUUGUUUUCUUGCUCCCUCUUCCUCCAAACCGCCCUUUCUUGUUUCUGACAGUUAAAGUAUAAAAUGCUGUAUUUGAAUUUAAAACUGACCAAUAUUGUAAAAACAUUUAAAAAAAGGGGUGGGGUAUUUUUUAGUUGUUGUUUUUUCGCCCAGUUGAGCUGGGCUCACUUGAACAGGAGCACAACCAAACUGUUUUGGGUUUUUUAGCCUGAUGAGCAUGUUUUGAAGCUUUUUAAAGGGGAUGCAUCAAGGAGAGACCUUUACCGUUACGUAUGCGUGUAUUGGACGGAAGCCAUUUUGAAUUUUGAUUGUCCUCUCUUUGUUUAACGAGUGGGUUGGUUUUGCACACUUUGAGGUCGGGGUGGGUUGUAAAUACUUAAGUCUUGCACAGUGAAUCAAAGAUGCAUUCUGCCCUGUUGAUGUUACAAUAUGCUUAACCCGCUGAGUAAAUUAUUGUACUUUGAAAACAGAGAGAAAAAAAAGAAAUGCAAAAACUCAACACGCUGUCAGAAACAGGUGUGUGUCUUGUGGUGAUUGGAUGUUUUGCCUAUGCAGGAGGCAUACGGUGUACAGUAAGAAACAGUUUUUAGCUCACAAAAAUCACAGACUGAGAAAAAAUAGGCACUUUUCCAGUAUCCCCCCUUCCUGCCAUAAUAUUCUCUGGAUCCUCUCCGUCUUUAGGAAUGCCCUGUUGUUCCUUAGAUGCACUUCCUCUCUGGACAUUUUCACCCAAGCUUACCGCCACGUUAGGCUUGCAAGCUGUCCGAGGCACCGAAGCUGACCUGACACCGUACUGUAUACAUCCAACAGGUGCUACUGGUCAGUCAAAACCCAUCAGAGACCAAGAAGUCAUGUUGUCACAACCUCAGGACAAUCCUAUCCUCUACAAUCCUACCUGUGUUCAGCUUCACAUGUGUCUCUGCAGCCAAGCCUCUGAUGGUUCACACAUGUAUCUGGCCAACUUGGUCGGCCUUGCGUCUGCAAGGGUGUUUAGUUGCAUGAUAAAGGGGCAGUUACCAUGGUAACAGGUUGCUCCUUACCUACAGUUACACUCGUGUAUCAAACCUGAGCUUAUAUCUCCCACAAUUCACCCUCUCAGCUACUCUACACUCCUGUUGUGGGCCAUGAGAAUCCCAAGCUAGCAGAACUUUGGCACCGUUAACAGUGUACACCAUAGUGUUGAUGAUCAGCUGGUCAUUUUUCCCCACUUUACACUUUGCAGUUACAUCUCAGUUGAAAACCAUAGCAUUUACUCUGGUUUGAGAGAAAGUUUUCUUCUUUUUGGGUGAAACAUUUGUCCUUAAAUGUUUUAUAUUUUGUACAUUUGUAUGUAACAUAUCAUGUAAAUAGACAGAGACAGUGAUUUAACUCAUCUGGAGGAUUUUGUAGUCUUUGUAAAGCCCUAAUAAAUGGUAUUUGGUGUCACACGA